AUGGCCAGGUUGCCGGCAGACGAGUACAGAUACGAGAUCAUUCCAACCGAAAUCGUCGUCCAUGUCGUUGCUGGUGAUUCCCAAAGUUUGCAAACUUUGGUUAAGAGUGAGGUUUUGAGAGUGGUAUGCGAAUCUAGUGUAAUCGAAGUAGUCUUCCUCGAGCACAAACGUGAUAAUCAACAGCAGGAUGCCACUUGUGAUGGCUCCCGACCAUCCGACCCAGCGGAAGUCGGAGUCUCUGGCAAUCAAGUUGGCAGCAAGUGGACCCAAGUAUGUUCCAAAAGCAGUGGCCAGGAUGUAGAUUGUCACCACGGCACCCAAUUGGUGUCUAAAGAAAAUGCUGCUCAAACUGAGCUGGACCUGGGCCUCGGUUGCUCCCUCGGCAAACCCAACAAGGAUCUGCGAUCCAAAUGCGUCGCCUGUGUGCUGUAUUUUGGCAUACCAGAUUGA